AAAAGACUGAAGGGGGAGACCAGCCUCCUUGAAAAGCGGGCAGAGCUGGACAUCAACGACUCUGUGCUUCAGGAGUGGGUUUCGGAGGUCCAGCAGUGGCCUGAAGCUAUGUCAGGUUCUGAACAAAUAGAGCAGAAACUGAAACGGACAAUCAGAAAAAGCUCAAACCAAGUUUAUUCUACCCACAAGCCUUCUGACUAGGUGGAGUUGCCACCUUGCAUGUCUAAGAUAAACACUCAUCUGUUGUUAGGCAGAAACAUAAUAGGUUCCUCUCACUGGUAUUGUCAUGGCCUGCCUAAGUCUAGAACCCUCACGGGUGUGGAAGUGUGUGUGUAUUAGAUAGGACUGUAGUCAGACGGUUUUCAGGGUGGGCCCCUAUUACCCCCCUCCCAGCAGUGUGUGUAUGGGAUAGGUCUGUAGACAGAUGGUCUUCGGGAUGGGCCCCUGUGGCCCCCCUCCCAGCAGUGUCUUCUCUCUUCAAUGGCUGACCUUUUCUGGAGUUGAGUUCCACAUCCCUCAUUGUCCUGGUUCCUCAGCAGCUGGCCUGCCUUAUCAGGAACUGAAACUAAACUGCUAGCCUUUGCCUCCUUUCUUAGAAAUAUUCAUAUUCAGCAAUAACAUGUUUGAUCAGAAUAUGAACUUUCUGCAAUUCCCCUUGUCUCACUCAGUAACUUUCCAUACCCAAAGUUCCUAUACACCCUUCAUUGACCCCUAACAUAUACAUUACCUGUCAAAAGUUUGAACACACCUGCUCAUUCCAGGGUUUUUCUUUAUUUUUUACUAUUUUCUCAAUUGUAGAAUAAUAGUGAAGACAUCAGAACUAUGAAAUAACAGAUAUGCAGUAACCAAAAAAGUGUUAAACAAAUCUAUUUUAUAUUCUUCAAAGUAGCUACCCUUUGUCUUGAUGACAGCUUUGCACACUCUUGGCAUUCUCUCAACCAGCUUCACCUGGAAUGCUUUUCCAACAGUCUUGAAGGAGUUCCCACAUGCUGAGCACUUGUUGGCUGCUUUUCCUUCACUCAGCGGUCCAACUCACCCAAACCAUCUCAAUUGGGUUGAGCUCGAGUGAUUGUGGAGGCCAGGUCAUCUGAUGCAGCACUCAAACAGGAAUAAGUAUAUUUCAAGGCAGAAUCCAACAGGUAGAAAAGCAAAUGUUUCUCUGUCUCUCAACUUCAUAAUUGCAUUGAUGUCAGUGGAGUCAUGUUUGUAACUUGCCCUAAUGUUUGACCUCCACACUUCAGGAUAGUCAAACAGGGUAGACGGGGCAUCUCCAGAAGAAGACUGAGGGGCUUUACCUCAGUGUGAAACAGAGGAAACACUACCUCUACCAUUAGACAGGUAAGCCCCAACAACAAUAUGACCUCAAACACCUUUUUUAAUCAAGCAGUGAAACUGAUUUGUGAAAGAAAAUGCAUUAGUCAUACACAUCAGACCAUGUUUAUGAUUUAAAAAAUGUAUCCAUGACCUAUGUUAUUAAUUGAUCUCAUGCAAAACAUUUAAUUAAACUGAGAAAUUACAUGACCAUAAACAGCAGAGUAUCUUGUGAGCUACAACUCUGUAUGCUUUGUAUAAUGUUAUAACCGCAUGACAGCAAAUACUUUAGAAAUGAGUUGAUUGCUUUGUACUCUCUUUCUUCGUGCCUCUAUAGUAGUUCUGUAACUUAUAGUCAUGUAAUAUAUCUGAAUUUACAGUCCUUCUAAUCACCCCUUUUUAUUCAGACGGCAACAAAAAGGAGACAUCAGAUUCAGAGAAAAAUUGUUGAGGACAAAGCGGCCUUGACAGCUGCCAUUGUUCAACUUCACCAACAGCAAGGCAGAGUUUAGGCUCCCCACAGUGGACGAGCUGCUCAAUACUGACAGCUUUGUGUGGCCAUGGGAGAGACUUGGCACCAGUAAAUAUAUGAUUGCAGAACGUAUCUAUUGGGAUUGAAUGUUUACCUUCAGCGUAGGCUGCAAUCAUUGCUGCUGUUCUGUUAUAAACCUCUGUGAGUUUACAUCACACAGGCAACAGCCAUCUUGUCAUCAAAAAAGGCAAUCUUGGACAGACUGAUGUUGGUGAACAGACUACAGGAGGAAGAGUGGAUCCUGGUGAAGGAGAUGAAGAGGCACUGGGGGGAGCCUACAAAGAGCAGCAGGAACACAGGAGGCAAUUCAGUGGAGUUGUCAGAGGGAGAAAGGAAUGGCCUUCUCUGCCACCUGAAGAGAAGAUUGAGUGAACUGACACAAGACCAAGUCAACAUCAGGAACACCUACAACGAGCUGAUUCUGGGAGGAGGGGAUUUUUUUGAUGACUCUGAUGAAGACAAGAACUCAGAUGAAGAUAGAAGUCCUAUUGCUGAGAGAUCAGAUGACUCCUACUAUGCUUUCUGAAAUCAUACAACACCCCUGCCUCUUCCUCUUGGUCUCGCUGUCUCCCGCAGGAGAGGGAGAAGGCCGCCACCCCCUCCCUUGGGACUAGCCUGGUCUCCUGACGUUGACCCCUGACCGACUCACCUUCUGAACCCAUCCAAGGAAAUGUAAUUUGCCCGAUGACGCGCUAGUGGAGAAGGGAUGUGUCUUUUUCAGCGCAUUUGUUGCCAUGUUUCUUCCUCUCACCUCUCCUGUGUUUCUUCCUCUCACCUCUCCUCUGUUUCUUCCUCUCGCCUCUCCUCUGUUUCUUCCUCUCGCCUCUCCUCUGUUUCUUCCUCUCGCCUCUCCUCUGUUUCUUCCCCUCACCUCUCCUCUGUUUCUUCCUCUCGCCUCUCCUCUAUUUCUUCCUCUCGCCUCUCCUCUGUUUCUUCCUCUCGCCUCUCCUCUGUUUCUUCCCCUCACCUCUCCUCUGUUUCUUCCUCUCGCCUCUCCUGUUUCUUCCUCUCACCUCUCCUGUGUUUCUUCCUCUCACCUCUCCUCUGUUUCUUCCUCUCGCCUCUCCUCUGUUUCUUCCUCUCGCCUCUCCUCUGUUUCUUCCUCUCGCCUCUCCUCUGUUUCUUCCCCUCACCUCUCCUGUGUUUCUUCCUCUCACCUCUCCUGUGUUUCUUCCCCUCACCUCUCCUGUGUUUCUUCCUCUCACCUCUCCUCUGUUUCUUCCCCUCAUCUCUCCUGUGUUUCUUCCUCUCACCUCUCCUGUGUUUCAUCCUCUCACCUCUCCUGUGUUUCUUCCUCUCAUCUCUCCUGUGUUUCUUCCUCUCACCUUUCCUGUGUUUCUUCCUCUCACCUCUCCUGUGUUUCUUCCUCUCACCUCUCCUGUGUUUCUUCCUCUCACCUCUCCUGUGUUUCUUCCUCUCACCUCUCCUGUGUUUCUUCCCCUCCUCACCUCUCCUGUGUUUCUUCCUCUCACCUCUCCUGUGUUUCUUCCCCUCACCUCUCCUGUGUUUCUUCCUCUUACCUCUCCUGUGUUUCUUCCCCUCACCUCUCCUGUGUUUCUUCCUCUCACCUCUCCUGUGUUUCUUCCUCUCACCUCUCCUGUGUUUCUUCCUCUCACCUCUCCUGUGUUUCUUCCUCUCACCUCUCCUGUGUUUCUUCCCCUCACCUCUCCUGUGUUUCUUCCCCUCACCUCUCCUGUGUUUCUUCCUCUCACCUCUCCUGUGUUUCUUCCGGUCACCUCUCCUGUGUUUCUUCCUCUCACCUCUCCUCUGUUUCUUCCCCUCACCUCUCCUGUGUUUCUUCCCCUCACCUCUCCUGUGUUUCUUCCGGUCCUAGGCUAUGGCGAAGUCAUCAGCAACUCAGACUGUUGCUUGAAGACCUCUUUACCGAGGAAUGUGUUUUGUUCUUCAUGAUUGUUUUUUGUUGUAUUUUCUUCAAGUAUUGUCUAUGAUGUCAUGAUUGGGAUUUUCUUUUGUUUGUUGUGAGUUGCGAAAGAGUCCUUGGUCUCAAUGGGACUGCUAAAAUAAAUAAAUAAAGCUCU